AUGGCUGCCGAACGUCGCCCACUUCAUGUAUUCUGCUUCCCUUUCCUGGCUGAAGGCCACAUGAUCCCUAUGAUAGACAUGGCCAAGCUAUUUGCAGAGCACGAUGCGAGGGUUAGCAUCAUCACUACACCUCGCAAUGCCGCCGCCUUAGAAAAGACCAUCGAACGAACCCGAUGCUCUGGCCACCAGAUCGAAACCCACUGCCUUGAAUUCUCUUCCUCGCAUGCCGCCGUAUCAGACGGAUCUGAAAAUAUCGACGCUAAACAAACCGUGGACAACUUCGUAGAUUUAACGAAAGCAGUUGGCAUGCUCCAGGAACCAUUCGAGCGACUCGUCGAAGAACACCACCCUGACUGCAUCAUCUCAGAUAUGUUCUUGCCGUGGACAGUUGAUGUUGCAGACAAGUUCGGGAUACCAAGGUUGGUCUUCAACGGGAGUAGCUUCUUCUCGCUCUGUGUUUGGGAAAGGAUUGGCCGUUACGCUCCUCAUAAAAACGUCGCCUCGGACAUGGAGGUCUUUAUAGUUCCGUGCCUCCCACACUCCAUAGAGCUCACCAGAUCUCAGAUUCCAGACUUCUCUAAAGCACAAAGCGGUUUUGUUGAGUUGUUUGAGCGAGUCAGAGAGUCGGAUGUCAGGAGCUUUGGUGUAGUCAUGAACACCUUCUACGAGUUGGAGCCGGCCUACGCGGAGCACUGCAAGAAGGAGCUGGGUAGGAAGGCAUGGAACGUUGGACCUGUCUCUCUCUGCAAUAGAAAUACCGUCGAUAUUGCUGAGAGAGGGAAGAAGGCCUGUAUUGGCCCAGACGACUGCUUGAAGUGGCUCGACGGAAAGACGUCCGGCUCCGUCGUGUAUGUUUGUUUCGGGAGCCGAGGCCAGUUCACCGCUCAUCAGCUUCUAGAGAUCGCACUGGCUCUGGAAGCAUCCAACCGUCCUUUCCUCUGGGUGGUUGGGGAUUGCAAGAAGUUAUCUGAAAAUGAAUGGUUGGCUGAUGGAUUCGAGGAGAGGAUGCAAGGGAAGGGCCUCAUCAUAAGAGGGUGGGCCCCACAGGUCCUCAUCCUCAGCCAUCCUGCUGUAGGAGUGUUUGUCACUCACUGCGGGUGGAAUUCCACGCUGGAGGCCAUUAGUGCUGGGGUGACGAUGGUGACGUGGCCCAUCGCUGCCGAACAGUUCUACAACGAGAAGUUGAUUACCAAGGUACUGAGGAUCGGUGUACCGGUAGGGAGCAAGGUAUGGGUUCCAUUUGAUGCGAAGAAGAGGCCGGUGAUAAGGAGGGACGAGAUCGAGAAGGCAAUCACCUUGAUGAUGGACGCUGGAGAAGAAGCGGAAGGGAUGAGAAAGAGGGCUAAGGAAUUGGGGAAGAUGGCCUACAGAGCUGUAGAAGUGGGUGGAUCUUCCUACGCCGACCUGAGCCGUUUGAUCGAGGAGCUGAAGACGUACGGCCUGAAGGCCUGA